AUGUCUGACGCUGCCGCUGCCCACCCCGUCUCUCCCGCCACCUCGCACACCCACGUCGAGCCAACUGCGCGUGGCGUGCACUCUUGGGAUAACUCUCAGCCUGGCUUCCCCGAAUAUAAGCGCCGCAUUGCCAACCCGGCGCCUCUCGGCCUCCUUGCGUUCGCGACUACUACUUGGAUCGUUUCUCUUUUCCUUGUCCAGACUCGUCAUGUUUACACCACCAACAUCACCCUUGCAAUGGCCCUCUCCACUGGUGGUCUCGUUCAAUUCCUCGCUGGAAUGUGGGAGUUCGUCACUGGUAAUACAUAUGCGGCGACCAUGUUCGGUAUGCUCGGCGGCUUCUACCUCUCCGUUGGUGCUAUCUACUGGCCCGGCUCUGGGAUCGCAUCUGCUUACUCUGGAACUGUCGACGAGAACGAUGCUAUUGGCCUAUACCUCUCUGCCUGGUUUAUCUUUUCCGUCAUCAUGGUAGUCGCUUCCAUCCGUACCUCUGUUGCGAUGACCACGCUCUGGGGAUCCAUCUUCAUGACCUUCCUCCUUGUCAUGAUUGGCUCUCUCCGUGAGCAGGAGAAGGUCCUCAAGGCUGCUGGUGGUUUCGGUAUCCUCACCUCCGCUGUUGCCUUCUACUGUGGUGCCGCCGGUAUCUGGGUCAAGAAUACUUCGUUCUUCGACCUCCCCGUAUUCCAUACCGGCGAGAAGAACUAA